GAUCCCAUAUGAAUCCUGCAAUUUCAUUCUCAAAUUUUAUCUGCGGGAGACUUUCAGCAAUACAAGCGUUCAACGACUACGAUGGCGGUAUUCGACAAAUUGUUGGAGCAAAUUCAACGCUUGGCGUUUUCGUGCCUUUGCCACAACCAUAUCUUAGUACUGCGGGGUGCAUCAUCGAUCAGACCAUGGCAUCAGCUUUCUUGACUAUCGUGGUGCUCGUUAUUUGCGAUAAGCGGAACGGAGUGCCACUUGUUGCGCAGCCAGUCAUGUGCAUGUUGCUUGUCUCGGCGCUUGCUUUCUUCUACAGUGUUAAUGCUGGUGCUGAAGUCAAUCCAGCUCGCGAUGUUGGACCAAAGCUCAUGGCCUUAUGCGUCGGCUACGGCUGGGAAGUAAUCAGGUUAGUAAUUUAUCUAAGAAUAUAACC